AUGUUUCGCUUGUGGCUCGGCAAUAAAAUAUCACGGGUGAACGUGUCGGUUUUGUCCCGUAGAAACAUGUCGGGAACGUCCAGCAGGUCGAUCCACUCGGACAGCCUCGAGGAGGUUCAUAACGUCCCGAUGCACGUCAUCAUCAGACCGAUUCCUCCGGUGCUGGAUGAGCUCAAAGUUCAGAGUAUAAUGAACACAAUAAAGACAGCGGACAUCAGUGUUGUUCCUCCCAUAGAUGUGCUCUGGAUCAAAGGCAGAGAGGGGGGGAACUACUACUACUCUUUUGGAGGCUGUCACAGGUUCGCUGCAUAUCAGGGGCUGAAGAUGUCGACCAUCCCAGCCAAGCUCAUCAAAUCAAACGUAUCUGACCUCAGCACUUACUUGGGGGCUUCGACGCCUGAUCUGCGGUGACAGUGAAAUGGCUUUUUGAGAGACUUUGCUCGGGGGGUUCACACACAGCAACACAGUUUUGACUCCUCUCUUGCACUCGGGGACUGCAGAACAAAUGAUUUACCAGCAGGGGGAAAUGUAACUCUUUAGUUUAACGCAUGACAUUUGUCAUUUGAAACCCCUCAAAUUGGUUUUUAAUGGGUUCACUGUGUUUUAAUGUGUGCUUUUGUACAUUUUACAUUCGUACCAAGUUGAUUAGCUCUCAUUUAAUAGUGGUAUUCUUGUACUUGCACCUGAAAAGCAAUUCAAAUGGUAAAUGUCCUACUUUAUUAAUGUACAUUGCGGCGCUAUCUUGCCAUUUCUGUUUAUACAGCAAAUACAUAAUUUACAUUAAUAAGAGGACACAGACAAGUGACAAAGCAAGGAUGGUUACAAAUGUUGAGGCUUUUUUCGAAGUGGACAUUUUCACUUAUAGUAGGAAAAGCAUAAGAAUGAACAUGUUUUUUAAUCUAUUCAAGGGUCCCGCUAAGCCAGGCUAGCAUGACAGUGGGCCAGCAUGCUCAGUUCUAGGACUUUGAAACCGAAGCAGCUUAAUGAUGUUCAGCUGUCAUUCAUUUUAUUAUUUACACCUGUGCUUUUCCUACUGUGUAUUCCGUGGUAAACGCCGUAAUUCAUCCACUGGCGGCUUUUCUUCACUUGCACCUUUUGAUCUCCUUCUAUUGAGUUCUGGGCACAGAUUUAAAUGUUAUCUUAGUUAUUCUAUCAAAAGUCCCCUUUUUUAUAGCAGUAGUGAUUUUUUUAUAGAAUUAAGAGCCCUAAUUAAUCCACCGGUGAGACCAAAUGUUGCAAGAAAGAAGCAAAACUUUCUGAAAUAUUAUGCCGUCAACUUUGAUUGUGAAGUUUCAGACAGCACAAGACGGUGAUAGAAAGGAGCCCAUAUCGAGCAGAUGGUUUGCAGAAGGAGUCGGGUGCUCUGCAACUUCAGGGUGACAAGAGCGUAUGUCAGAAUGCAAGAUGUUGUCGAGUUGAUGAGUUUGCUCCUUCUUCCUGUCAUCAGUCUCGUCUCUGCAUCCUUCAUGUAACCUUGCUGACGUCGUCCAGGUCCGUUCAUAUGAAAACCCUCCACAACAAAAAACCUUUUCUCACUUUGAAGUGCCAUCAGUACGAUAGUUACCGAUACUUUAGGAGUCUAAGGGCAUUUUACUUCCAGUAAAUGGCAUACCUGGCAAUCAUUUGGCUUUCUCAAACAUGCAACAAUGAUGAUAAUGGUUUGCUUUGCUGGUUGUCGUUGUUGUUUCCGAUCCUGAGACUGGCCCUGCUUAUUGUAUCACAUCAGUUCCCUAGACCCUCUGUCUUGGAGGAAGGAACUGUAGGUGUGCAUAAUUAUGAAACUAAACCAUACAUCACAAGGCAUUACGCAGAGACGAUGCCUUUCCGACAUCAACAGCGUCACAAUGCGGCUUAAUGGUCUCCCUUUGUGGCCACCGAGGAAAUGAAGGGAGACCCGAGGGCAGCUUUUACCGACCGGCCCUGCGGACUCUAAAUGUCUAUACUUUGAAACGUCGCGUGUGAGAGCACUUCCUGUGGCUCACUCACUGUCUGGAAGUAACCAUAUCCUCAAAGGGAGUUUGACACGCAACACCAGUAUGAAAAAAUACAUUGCACCUGUUGCUUUGGGGAGCCGUUUCCAUGGGUGGUUCUGUACGCUUUAUCUUUGAGGAUUUACCCAGCUCAAGGGGGUUUAGGGGGCCAAGAAAAGGAAGUGUUUGUGGCCAUUUUCAUAAAUGGACUGUGGCCGUGUCAAUUCUCAUGUACUUUGUGUUUUUUUUACAGUUUGCUGCUUGGCUAAAUUAUGAAUAAACAAAUCAUGGCGAAUACUUUGUGUUUGAAGACACCUCCUUGAUGCUCUCAGCAGAGUUCAAUUUGUUUCUGCUCAGUCCAUCACUGAAAAACUGAAUUUAUAUUUUUAAUUGUUGGCCAAAAAGAAAGACUGAAAGAUUUUUCUGAGGUGCAACAUUUAGAAAUGAUUCUGACACUACUUGAAAAACGUUUUAUCUUUCUUUCUUGGUUUAUUUGUUGCUCCUCCGGUGUAGCGGUGUAGUUUAUGCAUCAUGUGGACAAGAUGAUAAAUGUUGAUUGAUGAUGUUUGGCGAUGCAGGGAGGAUCACUCACUCCUCUACAAGAACUCACAAAACUAAAUUGUUCUCUACUUUUCGCAUCCCGCCAAAUAGCGUUACCUACAGAAUGUCUCAUGGGCUGUUCUACAAACUGCAUUGCUGAAAAAAUAAUUGCUCUGUUUGUAUUUAUUAUGAGCAGUUUGAAAUAAAGGGCUCAAACCA